UGGUUUAAGGGCGUGGUCAAGUAAACAUCGUUGCCAUCUAACCAUCAUGCUAGCCGAAGAAGUCAUGUGUGAAUAACUCUCUUUUCUUAUGGAAUGCCAUUUUGCUUUGUUUUUUAUUAUUAGGGGUUUGUUUUAAGUAAGCACUGUGAUAUAGUAUGGAAACAACAACUUGUGUUUGAGGGUAGCAGUUUUCUUUGCCAAGAGCACCAGUCAGCUUAGCUGUGUCGGUGAACUAGCCUGUAAGCUAGCGCGGCCAUCACUGUUAACCAAACAGACGCCAAGUCAAGCCCACAAGUCGGUGAUUCAGCUUUGGAAAUUUCUGUCAAUACCAUGGAGAAGGCGGAUUUCUUGAAAGGACUUCCAGUCUACAAUAAGAGCAAUUUUAGCAGAUUCCAUGCAGACUCUGUGUGUAAAGCAUCUAAUCGAAGGCCCUCUGUGUACCUUCCAACACGUGAAUACCCCUCUGAACAGAUUAUUGUGACAGAAAAAACCAACAUCCUCCUGCGUUACCUUCACCAGCAGUGGGACAAAAAAAAUGCAGCAAAGAAAAGGGAACAGGAGCAAGGAGAGAGCGACAGUCCGGCACCCCCCAGGAAGAUCGCCAGGACAGAUAGCCAAGAGAUGAAUGAAGAUUCAUAAAAUGUGUGUGUCUCUUUGUGUGUGCGACGGAGAGAGUGUAUGUGUGCUCGCACAUGCAGAGUGUAGCCAAUGUAACCUACCGAAGAGAAAGAAUGCUCCCACCUAAAAGAAAAGUGUUUUUUUUCUGGGCGUAAGCUGUCACCCACAGAGACUGGAGAGCAAAUCAGCUAUCAGCUGUAUGUAUCCUGGAGUCAUCUUCAUGUCUUUAUUGAGAUGACUGGAUAUGGCUGUUGGUGCGGUGGGACCUGUAUUCUUAUGUUUUGUCAGUCUUGACUAUGCCCUGUGUGUGUUAGCAUACAUAUAUGUUUUUGUGUGCGUGCUGAGCUGGGUGUGUAUGGGUAGUGUGUUGUACUGUAUGUGUGUGUGUGUGUGUGUGAGGCGAGCGAAUGGCUGAAGAAGUGAGUCGAUUCAAAAGAGACGCAGACGGGACGGAUAAAGUCAGACACUACUUUUAAAAGCUAUGAUUUGUGUAGCCUUCUGUCGUCCGGACAGUCUGCUGUGAUCUGUGAACCUUUUUGUUACCGUUUUAAUUUUAUUAUUACUUGUUGUGUAUGUAUGGCAAUGAGCUUCCUGCCAGCCACAGUGCCCGCCCUCUCAGUUUCACUGCCCACUGCAACCACGUGGGGGCAUUGCAGCAUUUCUCUGUUUUGAGUCUCCAGAACCAAGAAUGCACUGUGACAAAGAGCACAAAGGAGAGCCAACUCUUCCUGAGUCCCCCCUUAAAUAUGUGUUUAAGGUGAAUACUAAUAUCAGCUUUCUGUUCUUGGAACUGUUUGUAAGAUGAAUAAUGAUGUUUCUGAGAAGCAUUCGUACAUCUACUGAAGCAAGGCGAGUAUAGUAGGAAUUUCUGAGGUUUGGACUCUUUUAGCAAAAUAUGCAAAAGGAAAAAAGAGUCAAUUCUAAAUGGGAAAAUAUUAUUUAAAAAUGCAUUUUCAGCUGCACAACUUCAUAACAGCACAGAUACUGAAGAAAAAUAUCUAAAGUGGCGAGGAAAAGGGAAAGAAUUGCAUUGUGUUGUGUGUAAAUAAUUACAGUACCAGAAUUAGUUUAUCCAAUUGAGUAUGUUUGUGUCUGCCUUUUUGUUAAAUAAAACAUACCUAUGGAUUUAUUAGAAGGAGACCAUUAUUAUAACAAAUGGAAGCGCCCAAAUGGCUUGUGGAUGUAACCUAGCCUUGCAUGUUCACCUUUUCACAGCCGGGUGUUGUUUCAUGACCAGUUCUAAAACCGACGGUGGUUGGGGUGCUGUCUUAUGUGAAUUUAGGAGGUGUCAGCCUAGAGGCCUUACAACGUGUCAUGAACUUGUUUGGACCCCGGCUCAGGGUCCCGUAAGCUGCAUUGUUCACCAUGUCGACUGACAGUCCGAGUGGGUUUUUUCCGAGAGCCUACUUCAAUAAGUAAAGAAGGCUGGAAGGGGCGUUACAUUUCCACAGCCAUAGAACGCACAACAAGCAUGCACAGGAAAGUGCAGUCACCAUCCUGCCUUGUUCCCCACAUUGAGUUUUUACUGGUGUCAGAGACUGCAACGCUGAAUAAAUUAGCUUGUCUUUUUGGUAAAUGUUCUUAUCACUGCCCAGCAGUCGCAUCGAGGCCUCCUGUCCCUUGGUCAGCCAGUGCUGCAGUGUGGGUUGCCGGUGUGGUUCCCACUUACAGCGCACAUGCCCUGUUUUUCAAGCAUAAAAACCACAUUAUGCUUCUGCUCUGAUAGACUGUUGAACUACACCCCGAGCCUUGCCCCCAUCUCAUGUGAUCAAUCAGAUGUUCUUUUUAGCUUUGCUCAAAUAAAACUGGAUUUAAACUGUUCUGGG